AUGCCUUCCGAAAUCGCUGAAUCCGGUCAGAAGAGAAAAUGCCAAGAGACAGCCAACACAGCUCAGGAUACCAAGCGAAUGAAGCAGGUAGCCACGGAAGAGAGGAUUGAACAUCCACGAAAACACAGAGUAGGCUCUGGUACUGCGAAAGCUCUACUCCAACAGUUGCUGGCGAGUGCAAAUGUGAGGGCUAGACUGAGUACCCGGGCUCGAGUUUAUACUCUUUGGCACUGGCUCGAAGACCUCAUGAUGGAUGUCUCCGAGCUAAAUCCUGCCACGCAGGCUAAGGGUAAUGAAACUGAUCCCAAGAAGGCAGACGAGCUUCUCCUUCGAUACUGCCAUAUGUGCAAAAUGCUGGGAGUCGCUCUGACUGAAACAGCACUUGAGUUCCGGGCUCGUGUCAAAGACGGUGAAAAAGUCUGCAAAUGGUCCAGGUUAUCAGAAUACGGAGAGAGAGAAACCUUACUUUAUUUAGAAUAUGUCUGGGGCCCAGAGCCCAGGUACCUAGCUGAAAAGGGCCCCAAAAAGUACCUGAGGCUCUGGAGGGAUCUGGCCAGAAAAGAGCAAGACUGGAACGUUGUUGCAAACUGGCUAAAUCGUUCAAUCAUGGACAGGAUGAUAAGAAGAUUUUUAAAUGUACAUUUGGAAUUUGACGUCCUCGGAUGUGACAUCCUCAAAGCGUUGAGUAUGAAGGGACCAGUGGAGCCUGUCUCACAGCAAGAGCUAGAACUGGCCGACGCUAAUCUGGGCAGAAAUGGAAUGCUAUGUUGGAAGCGGAUGGAUCGUAUGCAUGCGAAAACCAAAACGGCAGAAGCGUGA